AAAUUAGUAGUGUCAAAUUGUCAAAUUUUUAUUAUCGCAAAAAUUUCAGUCAUAUUUUCGUAUUAUCAUUACGUGAUUACAAAUCAAAUAAAAAUAUAAAGGGACUUCCGACGGGACCGCCGACCGUUUUCGGCCGUGAUUACAAAAUUGUUUGUGUUGGUGUGCGCGGAGUUUCGCAUAAAUGAAUAAUGUCGUUGAGGUCGAAGGCUUUGGCCCUUGUGGAGGUGUUGCUGCGGGUUCCACCGUUGUUUGUGGUGGAUGAGUUCCUGAAGAUCAGCCUGGGGUUGCCGGUGUCGAGCGGCGACGAGGUCUCGGUGCUCAGCAACGUGACAGUAGACCACGUCGACGUCGCAGACGCGGAUGCCAACUAUUACGACUCAAAUUUCUACAACGCCUUCUUCUUUACGCUGCUGAAGUUCCUAGUUUGCUGCCUAGGAUGCAUGUCAGCGCUGUGCAUAUUCGUGUUGUACACGAAGCACCUGAUCAUCGUGUACCUGUACCUCAUGUCCGUGGGCAUCGUCUUCGUCUCCUACUGGACCAACGUGUCUGCCAUCAAACAGAUCCAGACCCUCAUAACCACCUCCAGCCCCACUUCCAGCAUCCUCGAAGACAUCCUCAACCUUAACAUGAAAAACCUCCUAGACCUAGAUGGACCUGGUAUCUUAGUCAUACAAAACUUCGCCAUACAGUUCCUCCUAGCUGUCCUAUUCAGAAACGUCCACUUAGGACCGAGGCAUCCAACCAUCCAGAAGUUAUUGCCUCUAAGCUUCAUGGCGCCGUCUUUCAUGGCCAUGCUGCCCGUUCCAGCGGAUCUCCUCCACCAUUCCCCAGUCUUUUCAUCCUUGUUACCUCUAUUCCUUGUCAAAUACGUGCUCUGGGCUUCGGCCUACAACGUCAUACAAGUGAUCUACGCGGGCUACCAGCACGGGAGACUGUUCGUCAGCAACUAUGGACUGUCCGCGCUGGUGGAGACGGAAUGGAUGCGUUUGAACGUCCCCUGCGUUUUGAGGGUCUUCUGGGUGAUGCGCGUAGCGGAACACGCGAUAUUACUACUUAUGGACAAUUACGACGAGGAUGCAGAAGAAGGGUUGAAGGUUUCCACGUUACUAGCUGUCCAGUCCCUCGCCUCCAUGGCCAAGUCAUUACUAGUCACCGGCUGCGAGACCAUCACAGCGGUCCUCGGCAUGACGUCAGUCAUAUCCUUCUUCUGCCAUUACAUCGGAAACUUCUUCCAAUGGAUCCUCCUGACAGACGAGGAAGAAGACAAGAGUAUCGGCACGGUAUCAGCUAUACUGUUCUACAUACUCGCACUGCAAACCGGCCUAACUUCUCUCAAUCCAGAGAAGCGAUUUAUCAGAUUGUGCAGAAACUUUUGCCUUUUGUUCACAGCGUUACUGCACUUCUUACACAAUAUAGUGAAUCCAAUGUUGAUGUCUCUAAGUGCGUCACACAAUCCGAGCACGCAUCGCCACGUCAGAGCUUUAGGAGUGUGCGCGUUCCUGAUAAUCUUCCCUAUAUCACUCCUCGUGUACUUAUGGUCUCAACACACGAUAUCCACCUGGCUGUUGGCCGUAAGCGCGUUCAGCAUAGAGGUUAUAGUCAAAGUCGUCGUCAGUCUCAUGAUCUACUCCUUAUUCCUCAUCGACGCUUAUAGAAGUACCUUCUGGGAGCAGCUUGACGACUACGUGUACUACAUCCGCGCUUUCGGGAAUACCAUAGAAUUCUGCUUCGGAAUUUUCUUGUUCUUUAAUGGGGCGUGGAUCUUAUUGUUCGAGUCUGGAGGAGCGAUACGAGCAGUCAUGAUGUGUAUACAUGCAUACUUUAACAUCUGGUGCGAAGCUCGUGCUGGGUGGUCGGUGUUCAUGAAGAGGCGAACUGCCGUUAACAAAAUCAACUCGCUCAGAGAGGCUUCAGCUGACCAGUUGGACAGACUGGACGACGUCUGCGCGAUAUGCUACCAGGAGAUGCAUUCAGCCAAGAUCACGAGAUGUAACCACUACUUCCACGGAGUGUGUUUGCGGAAGUGGCUCUACGUGCAGGACAGGUGUCCUUUAUGUCAUGAUAUAUUAUACAAGAUAGACGUAGACAAUAAAGACAACAAUUCCGAAGCAGGAAACGAGGAGAACAGCAACAACCAAAACUUAUUGUUGGAAGAAGACCAAGACCUCCUCUUAGGAGAGGGAGUCAGAUGACUGCUCGACGAACACAACUACUAGAUUAAAAAAUGACUACAAAUCACCGAGUGGUAUUUUUUAAUUUUGUAUAGUAAGUUAUUGUUUUUUUUUUUACAUAAAUCGGUAUACCUGUGAUUGAGAGUUAAAUUCUGUCUUGUGAUUGCAGUGGCGUUAGUGUAAGUUUAGUUGUAUCGAACGCUUUUGUCUUUUUCCGCUCACACUAAAUGUUCCACGGCAGAACACAAAAUUGCAAGUGUAAGGAAAAAAAUACUUAAAAGUGUUUUGAAAUAUACUAGAUAAAUAUUAUACAAAGCUAUUUGUAAAUAGUUAGCGUAUUUAGAAAUAGCUUUUAAUAUUCGAAACUAACUUAAUGAAAAAAAUUAUAAAAAUAGUAAUUUUUCUCAUAAUAAAUAAACUGUAAAUAAACUUAUUUUAGUAGUAAUGCUUGUUUGAUCUUUGCUUGGAAGUAAAUAAUUAUAUUUUGUACGUAAGGGCUUAUACUGUGAUGGAAUGAAAGUUAUAUAAAGUCUAUUUAAUUCAGCAACAGUUUAUAUUUACAUAACACUUACAAUGGCAGUAUCGACAGGAUAUUUUAACAAUAAAAGUUUAUAAAAGUUAUUUCCCAUACACGUUAUGUAUUUAGUGUUAAGUAGAAUUUACAUAAUUCUAAAAGUUCCGUUUUAUUAGGAUUGGAUGUAGAUAAAACAUACAUUUUGAUUUCUUGGAAAGUUUUGUUCCUUGAAUUUCAAAUUUAAAAAUGAUUAUGUUACCUACAACAUAAAUAAAUAGAUUUAAAUAACUUAUGUACCGAUGCUAGGUGAAAUAACAUCCUCUGUCUUAGACCUUAUACACUUGACUUUCACGAUAUUUUUCAAAAUAUAGAUUACAUUUUGAA